AUGAUAGACUUCAAGGACCGACAGUUCCUCGCCGUCAUAGGCGACGAGGACUCGGUUACGGGGCUCCUCCUCGCCGGCAUCGGGCAUGUCACAGCUGGCGCAGACGCGCAAAAGAACUUUCUCGUCGUCGACAGCAAGACGGAAACGGCCGCCAUCGAGUCGGCCUUUGACCGGUUCACCCAAGAAAGGAAAGACAUUGGCAUCGUCUUGAUCAACCAGCACGUUGCCGACAAGAUACGACAUCGGAUCGAUACCUACACAGCAGCCUUUCCGGCUGUCCUAGAGGUUCCCAGCAAAGACCAUCCCUACGAUCCCGAGAAAGACAGCGUUCUGAGACGCGUUCGCCGCUUGUUUGGCGAAUAA